AUGGGUCAGGAAGAUGAGGUCAUCUAUGUGGAUCUGAAAUUUCCUCCCAGAUCGCAGCAAACAGAUGUGAAGAAAGCAGAAUCAAAGCCCCCUGCCCAGAAGACGUCUCUGUGGGCUCAGCUAGCGAUAGUGGUGGUUCUCUGUGUGCUGUUCCUGGUGGCGCUAAUUUUCCUGAGUGUCCUGUAUUCCCGGCUCCUGGCUGGCAACACGCAGCUUCUAGAGGAAUCCAAGCAAGCCAAGAGCAAAAUGGAGCAAGUGGAAGGGAGAUACUCCCAGUUACUGCAGUGGACGUUGCACACAAACAUUUGUGCCUUGGAGUCCCCGUCCUCCAACACCUCAGAGCCCCACAACGUCAGCUGCUCCUUGUGCCCCUACCAAUGGAUUUCAAACAAAGGGCGAUGCUACUACUUUUCUCCAACUACGUCACCGUGGAGGAACAGCAGGAGCAGCUGCCAGAAGGAACAGGCCGAUCUAGUGAUCAUUAAUGAUCUGGAGGAGCAGGUCUUUCUCAGCCAGCGGCCAAGGCAUUUGAGUUAUUGGAUUGGCCUGACAGAUGUGGCCGAAGAAGGCUUGUGGAAGUGGGUGGAUGGCACUGACUUAAACCAAGAGAAAUUUUGGUACGAUCCCCAGCCAGAUAACUAUCAGAAUGAGGACUGUGCAACUCUGACAAACGAACGCAACCCACUGCGUAACUGGAAUGAUGACAAGUGCUACAAACAUUUGUACUACAUCUGUGAAAAGGCAGCAGUCACUCUCACCAUCCAAGCUUCCUCUGACUCAGAAAAUCUUGUUCAUUGUGGCCAAUGA